AUGGAGGAAGAUGAGGUGCCUAAACUCAUGUCCUUUGCUUUUGUACAUGUAGAGGAGACUGCCCGCCAGAGAGAUUUGAGAGAAUCAUACAACUGGAAAAUCACACCUGGGGGUUGGUUAAGAAUGGAUAAGAAACCGCCAUCCACUCCACCGAAGAAUCUUCCACCACUGGAGUUCGCGGGUCAAUGCUUUGAUGAAGAUGAGAAUGUUUGGACAAGCUGCUUCGAGAUCGAGAAGGAUGGCAGUAUUGCAAGUAACGACACCUCCUUCCACAAAGUCCGAAGCGCCGCUGGCAACGUGGAGCUUGAUCUUGAUAAGGCUCUGGGCCUUGUAGCUGACGCCAGUAAAGCGGCUGGUGUCAUCUUUAUCUAUUGCGAGAAUCAGACGACGAGAUUGUCUGGUUUCUUCAUUACUGAUAGGUUCUUUCUGACCUGUGCUCACUUUGAAGUCACAGCGAUUGUUGAGGAAUUGAUAAAGAAGAGUGGAUCAAAGCGAACCCAGAUCCGUACAGACACGAAGCUUUUGGGCAAUGGUACAUCCGCUCAUCUGGUCUUUAGAGAUGAGGUCCGAGACUUUGCUAUCUUCUGUCUUGAUGAGGAUCAGCAACCCCAUACAUCUCAUUUUGAUCUGGAUCGAAAUUUUCCAGGUAUAGAUCGACUUGACUUCCGUACCGAGCUUGCCAGUCGAGGAGCCUUUACCAUUGGGUACAACUCGAACCAUAACUUUGAAGAUUUUCCAUACGCGCGUAAGCAAGUCAUCAACAAUCUAACACCAGAGAAGAAAGCCCGAGCGGAGAACACCCCAACGACUCCAGUAUACUUCCAUCAGGUUUUUCUUCCAGACCGUAAGAGUCUCUCGAUAGGGCGCCUUGAUUCAGACCCGCCAAGCAAAGGCGAAACCAAAUGGAAACAUCGAAUCACUGGCUGGUAUGGAAUGUCUGGCGCCAUGAUCGCUUGUCUUGAUAAGUCAUCAACCUUGGAUGCCAAAGUUCAGGUGCUGGGACUAUUCAGCCGUGGCUCCGGCGGAAACAACAACCAGAUGGUGAUGCUUACAACUGAAAUCCUUCGAGACAUUCGUGAUGUCAUCCGCUCCCAUACCUCUAAUACGGCUCUAGAGUCAGUGGACAACAAAUCUGCCAAGACAGCGUCUUCUUUAGCCCUUGUUCUCGAACCUCUCAAGAGCUUGGUCUCAGAAGAAGUAAAGAAGUUCUCUGCGAAUGAUGUGGCAAAGGGUAUCUGUGAAUUUCCAGAUGGAACUAUACCAAUCGAUCAAAUCCAAGAACUGUAG